GAAAUCUUUAGUUUUGCGGUGCAAUCGGAAGAAAACGUUACAUUGCGCGUACUCGUGCGUAUUACAUCGUGUUUGGCUAAUGUAAAUAAUUGAAAAAAUAUUAAAAUAUUAGGUUCGUGUUAACUUCGACGUAGAGAACAAUGGAAACGUGCAUAGCAGCAGGUUGCAAUGCUGCACUAUCGUCGACGCCACCUACUAUUUUCGCUCAUCUGAUCCAAGCAAUUUUGGCAUCGCAAUGCGCCUUGGGGGGCGGCGGAGGGAUUUAUCCGGCAGAUCGUACCGAGGAAAUUUUAUCUUCCAGAAGGGAAUUCGACUUUGUAAUAGUUGGAGCUGGAACGGCUGGUAGCGUUCUAGCCAAAAGGCUGACCGAAGUAGAAGAUUGGAACGUUUUAUUGAUCGAGGCUGGGGAGGAUCCUAGCCCUGAAAGCGACAUUCCUGGUCUUAUGAUACUCAUGUUUGGUGGAAAAGAGGAUUACGCUUAUGAGGUUGAACCACAAGAGGGUUCCUGCCAGGGCAUGAAAAACAAACGAUGCAGAUGGUCGAAGGGCAAAGCACUCGGGGGCAGUUCGGUUAUCAACGCCAUGAUUCACGUGUUCGGAAACGACCGAGACUACAACGAAUGGGCGAACCUGGGUAACUCGGGAUGGAGCUACGAAGAAGUAUUACCUUACUUCAGGAAAUCCCUGAACUGUUCACCAGAACUGCAAGCAAAAUUAGGGAAAUUUUGUGGAACCAAUGGACCAAUGAAAAUCAGAGAUUAUAGUAGCAAUGUGACAGAUGUACAGAACAUCAUCUUAGACGGUGCACGCGAGUUAGGGUUCGAGAGUUUAAACAGUGAUCGUUUCACCGGUUUCGGGAAAAUCCUAGGUACGAUCGACAAUGAGCAACGUAUGAACGUAGCGAAGGCUUUCUUGUCCCCUGUCAAAGACAGAAAGAACCUAUACGUGUUGAAAUCCAGCAGAGUGGACAAAAUCCUGUUGAACGAUAAAAAAGCAACUGGCGUCAGAGUCACUUUGAAGAACGGUCAAUCGAUAGACAUAAAAGCGUCAAAAGAAGUGAUCCUCUCAGCAGGUAGUAUCGCCAGUCCUCAGCUGAUGAUGCUUUCGGGCAUCGGUCCCAAGAAACACCUAGAAGAGAUGGGAAUCCCCACAGUAGUUGAUCUACCUGUUGGUAAGAACCUUCAGGACCACCUGACAUGGUUAGGACUUCGCAUAAGUUACUUGAACGAGUCAUCCACUCCUCCACUUCCGAUGCAUGUGCUAGACAACAUCUAUAACUAUUUGCUACAUAAUAGCGGCAUGCUUACAAUUCUCCCAGUAGAUCUCCUAGGUUUCGUCGAUGUCAACGAUCCCACGUCUAGGUACCCAAACAUUCAGUUUCAUUUCCUCAUAAUUUCACGGUGGAACGCAUUGCGAGGACACGCUUUCAUGGCAGCGUUCAAUAUUGACUCUGAACAGGAGUUACAAAAGCAGAUCAUGGAAAACGACUUGAUCAUUCCCAUGACGGUUUUACUGAAACCGAAGAGUCGAGGUAGAGUCGAAUUGCGCAGCACCAAUCCAGCUGAAUCCGUGAAGAUUUACACGAAUUACUUUGCUGAAGAGGAAGACAUGGAAACGUUGUUCAAGUCUGUCGAUACGCUCAAGUCUCUAGUGAACACGGAGACGUUUAAGAAGCAUGGAAUGAAAUUGGAUCACGUUGAUAUACCUGACUGUCGAGAGACUAAGCAGGAUUCCAAGGAAUAUUGGGAGUGUAAUGCUAGGCAUCUCUGCACUUCGUUGUUCCAUGCCGUUGGAACGGCUAGGAUGGGUCUUGUAGAUGAUGAAAAGGCAGUCGUGGAUCCCAGAUUGAGAGUCCAUGGUAUCCAAGGGCUGAGGGUGAUCGAUGCCUCGAUUAUGCCGAGUAUCGUCAGUGGAAACACUAAUGCGGCGACUAUGAUGAUCGCGGAAAAGGGAGCGGAUAUGAUAAAGAUGGACUGGUCCAUAAAAGUUCACGAAGAGUUGUAAAAGUUAGCUUAGAUUAAUGUAGAUGUUAUUAUCUUCAUGAAUUCAUUUAAUCAAUAAUUAUUGUUAAAAACUCUUUAUAAAUUCAUUUAACGUAUAA